CUUUGAGGUUGGAGGCGUGCCUUUGGACGUUGUUCUGAAAUGUAUUUGGAGAAAAAAGAAAAAGUCAUUAUUUGGCCGAUUACUCAGUUUAUUGGCCACUCUACGCUAAGUAACCUCUUCAAUAGAAGCGCCGCAAAAUGUUAGAAAUUUGGUGUCACAAAACGGUACACAAGAUCCAUCGAUGACUGCACUCACUGUUCCCGCAGACUAAAGACCCAGAUGUUGGCACCUGGCAAUGGUGUCUUUGGGACCGUCGGAUCUUUUCCCGUUCGCGAGUGCACGCGACGAACUUGAUCAUUAUCAUCUAUCUUGUUUCUUGACAAAGAUACAUGUAGAUCUAAUCGAAGUCAACCACCAUCAUGACAAGCAGACCUGCAACAACGCAACAACCACAAAAGCACUCAAAGGAGAACGAGAAAGCAAGAGUUUCAGAUACCUUUUCACAGAAUAGAAUCGACGAAACAAGAUGACAGAAUGCAGUAUUGGUCACCUGAUGUGGGAAGGAAUGACUACUUCCGGUACAGGACUGGCCAAUGCAUGGAAUACCUGUCUCUUUUUCAUUGGUCUGACCUAUGCUGUCUCAUUAUUGUCGGGCAAUUAUUCUCAAACAGACAAGCUGUGGAGCAUUACUCCAUGGGUUUACGCUGGGAUCUUGGUCAAUGAUACCCGCACACUCCUAAUGGCCUUUGUGGCAACUGCAUGGGGUCUCCGGAUGACCUACAACUUCAGUCGCCGUGGAGGGUAUACAUGGCCACCAUGGUUGGGAGAAGAAGACUACCGAUGGGCAAUACUGAAACGAGGGGACUACAUUGCUGCGCUCAAGAAUCCAUUUGUGUGGCACAUUUUCAACUUUGUCUUUAUCAGUUUCUACCAAAAUGUACUCCUCUUCUUGAUUGCCGUGCCAUCCAUGGUGGCACAUUUGGUGGCCAGUAAUGAGGAGUGUUUUGGUAACAAUCACCCACUCAACUUUUGGGACAUAGUGGCAGCAGUGCUCUAUCUGGCAUUCUUAUUGUUGGAAUCUCUUGCUGACAAUGCUCAGUAUGCCUUUCAGACUGAAAAAUAUCGCUGCAAAAAUGCUGGAGAACCCUUGGAAGGCGAAUACAAGGAUGGCUUUUUGCAGUCUGGUCUUUUUGCCAUUUGCCGAAAACCAAACUAUGCAGCCGAACAAGCCAUGUGGUGUACCUACUACCUCUUUUCAGUUGCAGCCUUGUGGCCAGUGGAAUCACUGAGUUGGACAUCGAAGUGGUUCAAUGCAUCAAUUGUGGGUUGUCUCCUCUUGAUGUCCCUGUUUCAGGGAUCGGGACGGAUGACAGAAUAUGUUACAAUUUCCAAAUAUCCCUCCUAUGUGGAAUAUCAAAAGCAGGUACCACUCUAUUUGCCCAAUCUGCUGGGUAGCAGUAAGAGUAAAUCCACGUAAAUGAUCCUAAGCACAGUUAGUCUACGGUUGCUUUUGAA